GAAACUCCUCAGUUCCCAUAAACUUUAUUCUUUAUAUGCAGAGAAAAAUUCCAGAUCCUUAGGCUUCCUUACACAAAUAUCAUAUUGGGUCCAGACUCUGAAAUAUCUUUCUGGCUCUUCCUCUUCGUGGGUGUGGUAUCUGCUUCAGUUCCACAGGGUAGAGCACUGUGAUGGGACCUGGUGGACCUGGUGGACCAGGUGGUCCUGGGGGUUGGGGCCCUGGCCCUGGAGGACCUGGUUUUGGCCCCGGAGGCCCUGGUUUUGGCCCUGGAGGCCCUGGUUUUGGCCCCGGAGGCCCUGGUUUCGGCCCCGGAGGCCCCGGUUUCGGCCCCGGAGGCCCUGGUUUUGGCCUUGGAGGACCUGGUUUUGGCCCUGGUGGAUUCUUUGGUGGGUUUGCAAAUGGUCUAUGCAGCAUGAUAUCUUCUUGCUUCUACUGCCUCUGCUGUUGCUGGUUGCUACAAGACUGCUUCGGUGGACCUCGCGGACCUUACGGCCCUCCUGGAGGCGGCCCUCCCUUCUGAUCUGAGAUUCGCCUGUGUGCUUGGAUCUACCUUAUAAUAAGCUCUGGCUUUCUCCAUGACAAGCUUAAACCCUCUUUGACCAACCAGUUUCUUCUACAUUUUGUCUUUUCAUUUCCUGUGUUGGAUCUAUCAGAAAGGUGGACUAUCUAUAAAUAAUUAGACCUGAGAGUAUUUAUCAUCCAGUUGAUCUGAAUAUUGAACUGCAAUUAAGUAGCAAACAGUAAGGUGUAUGUAGUGUCUGCAAACUAUUUUUCUCGUAUACUCUGUUGGGCUUUGAUGCUGAGGAGCACUCAUAAAUUUGUUGUGAUCUGCUUGCAGUUAGUGUUGCUUGUGCAUCUCAUAUGCGUGACACAUGAAUGUCGAACUUGUAUCAGAGGUUAGAGCAUAAUAUACAUUAUGACAUAAAUUUUAGCAA